AUGAAAAAUAGUUUGAAAUUGUCUCAUUAUAAUACAGGAUAUCAACCUGACUAUCAAGACACUAUAUGCAAUGAUUAUCCAGAAACCAAAUGUUCAUCGAUUUGUACAGGUUGUAAUUGCCCGAUCUAUGAUCGAUACCUAUUGAAAGUUGCUCCCGAUCUUGAAUGGCAUGUUCAAUGUUUAAAAUGUUCCGAAUGUGGCCAAUAUUUAGAUGAAACAGCAACAUGUUUUGUUCUUGAUGGAAAACCUUUUUGUAAAUCUGAUUAUAUAAGAUUGUUUGCAUCAAAAUGUGCUAAAUGUCAAGAAUCUUUUUCUAAAAAUGAAUUCUAUAUCCGAACAGCAUUCUAUCGUCGUUAUCAUCCAGAUUGUUUUCGUUGUAAUCACUGUGAUCGUUUACUUGUAUCUGGUGACGAAUAUUAUCUACGUGAACAAAAUCAAAUUUUAUGUCAACAGGAUUUUCAACAAUUAAAUUCAUCUAAUGAUUCAAUAGGAACACCAACUGCAGCAACAAAUAAUCAUAAUGUAUCUGUGUAUCCACCUCCAGCAUCAUCUUCAUCGCCAUCCACAACAUCGAGUCUAUCAAAUCAACCUAUAGGAUCAAUAAUAAGUGCAACAUCGAAUUUAAAAUCAGCGAAUAGUUUACGAAAAGAUAAAACAACACGAAUGCGAACUGUUUUAAAUGAAAAACAACUAUUAACAUUACGAACAUGUUAUGGAGCAAAUCCUCGUCCAGAUGCAUCUAUGAAAGAACGGCUUGUUGAAAUGACAGAAUUGUCACCACGUGUUAUACGUGUUUGGUUUCAAAAUAAGCGUUGUAAAGAUAAAAAGAGAACUAUCCUAGCUAAACAAACUCAAGAACAACAAAAAGUUCUAACAAGCAUGAAUCAUGGUAUAUCAUUAGUUGCAUCAUCACCUGUAUCUAACGAUAUGAAUAUUGGUUUACCUCCGGCAUCGAUUAUUCAAGUAAAAUAUCAUUCGAGUGGAUCAUGGAAAUCGUUUGACUCGUAUUCAAACGGACAUCAUUUACAAAUGCAACAACAGAACUUUCAUGAUAUAACUGAUUUUGCAUCUGAAGAUGAUAGUACUUGUUUUGGUGCAUCACAAUAUAGUGAAGAACGUAGUGAGAUUAGUUGCGAUGGUAGUGGAACUAGUCAGCAACUAACACUCUUGUAA